GCGAUGGCGGCGGCGGCGGCGGGGGCCGUGCGGCCCGGCACGGUGCUGGGCACCAUGGAGAUGGGGCGGCGCGCGGGGCCCGAGGCCAGCGCGGCGCUGCUGCGGGCUUUCCUGGCCCGCGGCCUCCGCCUCCUCGAUACCGCCUACAUAUACGCGGGCGGCAGCUCCGAGCGUAUCCUGGGGACGCUGCUGGUCACCGAGAGUUCGCCGGUGGAAAUCGCCACAAAGGCCAAUCCCUUGGAGGGGAACACGCUGAAGCCCGACAGCAUCCGGUCGCAGCUGGAGACGUCUCUGGAGCGGCUGGGGAGGAAGAGCGUGGAGAUCUUCUACCUGCACAUGCCUGACCAUGGGACCCCAGUGGAAGAGACGUUGCGUGCCUGCAAUGAGCUGCACAAAGAAGGAAAGUUCAAAGAGCUUGGUCUAUCAAACUAUGCAGCAUGGGAGGUAGCAGAAAUCUGCAGCAUCUGUAAACACAACAAGUGGGUGAUCCCAACUGUGUACCAGGGCAUGUACAAUGCAACCACUCGCCAGGUGGAGACUGAGCUGUUUCCUUGCCUGAGAUACUAUGGAUUGCGGUUCUACGCCUACAAUCCACUGGCUGGAGGACUGCUGACAGGCAAGUACAAGUAUGAAGACAAAGAUACAAACCAGCCUGCUGGAAGGUUUUUUGGGAAUGACUGGGCUGAGAUCUACAGGAACAGAUACUGGAAAAAGCACCAUUUUGAAGCAAUUGCCCUAGUAGAAAGAGCUCUGAAGGAUGCUUAUGGUUCCAAUCCACCAAGCCUGACCUCUGCUGCUUUGCGUUGGAUAUACAAUCACUCCAAACUUCAGGGUUCCCUCGGAGAUGCGGUGAUCAUUGGCAUGUCCAAUCUGGAGCAGCUAGAGCAGAACCUUGACUGCAGCGAGGAGGGUCCUCUGCUCCCGGCUGUAGUGGAAGCGUUCGAUAAAGCCUGGAAACUCACUGCGCACGACUGCCCCAACUACUUCCGCUAGAAAUGAGGGCAGGGAAAGGAAAGCUGGUGUCAAGGGGCUAGAUAAUCAGAUCUGCCAGUCUCAAGUACACAUUUUAAAUCUCUUGAAUGGGAGAGGUACUUAUCCACCCUGCCCUUUGAUCCACACCAACAGGCUGUGAAUUCCGUCCAUGAAUGAAACUCGUAGGAUCAGCUUUUCUUGUACCUACGCUAACACUGUCGGCACUUGUUGUGCGGGCGAUGCCUUAUUCUUUCUCGCCUCGUGCGCCUUCACUUUUGCACAAUGUGUAUGAUGAUUAAGGAUGCUUCUGAUAUGGGAAAAAGAUUAUGUAAUUGGGUGAAGGCUAUCGUUCUGCUUUCAGUUAUUAUGGUACCUUAAAUUUUAAAUAAUUACCUCUGUAGACAAAUAAAGAUUUCUCUAAUGCAGACCUUA